AAAAUAUUCACCUGCAUACAAUACUAAUGUUAGCCAGUUGAAUGCAUUUUCACCAAUUAAAAAUCAUAUCAAUUAUGCUCACCCACAUCAAUAUGGUGAACUUGCAACAGAAACAUUAAAAUACAAUCCUUAUCAAUCUUUUAAUAAUAAAAGAAGACAUGGAUCAAAACUAGUUUCAAUGAGUUUAGCAACAACCAUAAGAAUAUUUGAAAUUAUUUUUCCUGGUGAAUCCAGUACAAUCAUUUGUUCAACUAUUGAAUCUGAAUUCGAAACUCUGGAAAAAAAUUUUUGGACAUUUUACAAACCUGCUGGUGCUGACCUUUUCCCCCUUCAACCAGGAUUAAAUGGUUAUAUUUUACAAGUGUUAACAAAAGUAGCUGGUUCAAAUAAAAAGUUAUACAUUGGUCCAACUAACAAACCAAUUGAUAUUAAUUCUUUAUUAUUAAAUCAGCAAGUUAAUUCAAACAACAUUACAAACAACAACUCCUCUUUGAAUGAUGUAGGAUUUUCUAGUUCUAGCAGUACCAUUGAACCUUAUAUUGAAAUAGAUAAUCAAGAUCCAGAUCAAAAUUCUUCAAAUUCUAUGGAAUUUACUGAAAGAUUGUAUGAAAUAUAUGAUAAAAAUUACAAUAUUAAACACAAAAAGACAAAUAUAUAUAUUAAUUUGAAUAACAUACUUCAAGAAUUAAUUAAAUGGAUUAAAUCUGCAUCAGAUGAAGAAAUUUUGUCAAAACCAAAAAUUAACCUUGUUAAUGAAAGUGCAAUAGAUGCAGGUGGAGUAUUUCGAGACACAGUUGGAAGGUUUUGGAGCUUGGUUUCUUCAUAUAAUUUAGAUGAAAUUUACAAAUCAGGACCUUUGUUUGAAGAGUCAGUUGGUUCAAACUUUUAUAUUAUUUCCAACAAUCCAAUUAUGCUAAAUUAUCAUGAAAUGUAUAAAUCUUUUGGCUCGUUACUUUUUUGGAGUAUGCUUCAUGGUGGGCCAUUUCCACAUUGGUUACACCCCUUUCAUAUUAAAUACUGCUUGGGUGAAAAAAUUGAUUAUCAACAAGUUAUAGAAGAAAUGUCACUGAUUGUAAAUAAGAUUAUUAUGGGAAUUACAAAUCAAAAUAAUGAAAUUUUUGAUUUGAGCAACAUUGAUCAUUUAGAAUCUUGGAUGGAAUCAAAUGAUAUUAAAAUGUCAUUCCUAAAUAUUUUAUCUAAAGAAAAUUUGGUUGACUACUUAGCCCAAUAUGAAGUCAUUAAUAAAAGAAAGCAAGAAUUGGAACAAUUUCAUGAAGGAUUCAACAGAAUGAAUAUUAUUGUG